UUUCAGUCUGUGGUAAAAAUCGGAAUUGAACGCUUCUUCGUAAUCGGUCUUCAACAUCUAGUCCUUUUCGAACUAUUGUCUUGUGAAAAUCUAUUUCCGAUUAAAUUGAAUUUAAUUAAUUUAAACUGAAUAAAAGUUAAAAUGGGGAUGAACAAGGCUACUAUCUUCAAAGUGGUGGAAUUGAUAAUAGUAUGCGUUCUUAUAGGAUUACAUUAUCAUUCCUUUAGUGAUAGUAGUUUAACCAGUGCUUUUAUUACAAUGGGUACUUUUGGUGGAUAUUUAAUUAUCCUCGUGGGAAUAUGUCUUGGAAUUAUCCUAGGAGCUACUAUUGAUCAUCGCUUGGAUUUGUUUUUCUCUAUAGUCGGUUGCAUCUUGUUCAUCAUUGCUGGUGCUCUUAUCCUUGAUCACUUCAUAAACGCAGUCUACCGAGGGAAUUUUCGUAAUACUGGUAUCGCUAAAGGAUGCAUCAGUAUAGUUCAAGGAAUUUUGUUUUUGGUAGAUGCAGUGUUUGCAUUCCGAGGAAAUUAAAAUACAAAAUAUUUUAAAUAAUAUCAGGGACCAUAUAAUUAUCGAUUCAUUUUUAAAGAUACGAUGAUAAAAAAUGAAUAAUAAUUUCGUUUUAAUAAAUUAUUGCUAAAAAUCGAAAGAAUUAAAAUUUGUUUAAUAAAAUCUGGAAAAUUUCGAGAAAAAAUAAGAUGAAUGUUAUAAGCAUUAUUAUUAGCAAAAUGAAGUAUAAAUAGAAGAAAAGAUUCAUAUAGUGUUUAUUAAUUAAAACAAAAAUUUGUCUUUAGAAAGAUUUUUUUCAUAUUAUGAUAAUUAAAUAAUUUUUAUUAAAAUCGUAU